UGGAACUCUUGUUUCUGACGUGGCUGGAAAUAUAAACAUUCAUCUCCCCCUUGGCUUAGAGCCUAGAGCUUUUUUCCCCCCUCGAUUCAGACGUUUGUAUAAAUUGGUGUUGACUGCCCGAUUAUGUGUCCAUUGAUUUACAAACCACAGAAAGAACCAUUAGCAGCUCUGCUGAAACUGCAAACAGUAAUGAAGCUUUUGCUGACUUUCUUAGCCCUUAAUAUAUUCUUCCUUUUCACAUACUCUGCUCCCCCGACGUGCUAUUCAAGAGUGGUAUCUUUGAGCAAGGAAAUCACAGAGUCUUUUCAAGCACUGCAGAGGAUUGUGCCAGCUGGACCGUGCAUGGACUCUCUUCCCACGCUUUACCUGGACAUACAUAAUUCCUGCGUCAUGACAAGGUUACGCACGUUUAUCUCAGCCCCACAUUGUGGAAGACUGCCAAGAGUGACAGCGUUAAAGAAGAAAGUGCGAAGUUUAUAUAACAUCAUAAAUUCAGUCUGCAAGAGAGACUUGGUCUUCUUCACUGAUGACUGUGAAGCGCUUGAUCAUAUAUCUACUGUGACCCCCACACCGACUGUUUCAACAUAAAGUGGUCAAUGCCUGUAGUUUGGUGACAAUACUACACCUGUUCCAGUGAAAUGGGCUUAGUUUCACUGUUAUUAAUUUAUAUCUAGUUGCAGGUUGUCUUCCUAGCACUAAUGCAAUACGACCCGUAUUAGGGAUCACAGACAGCGAUAUUUGAUAUCCUCUUUGUAGGUAUAUGAAAAGCCUUUAGAAGAUAUUUAGGGGUCUAUUCAUGAAGCAGUGAAAAGUGUGGAGAAGUGAGCCAGUGGAGAAGUUGCCCAUGGCAACCAACCAACAUUGAAGUAACAUUUAUAAUUUGCACAUACUACACUAUUGUACGGAACAGCUGACUCACUUCUCCACUCUUUUCACUGCUUCAUGAAUAGACCCCAUAGGCUGAUACAAGGGGACCUGUUUUCUCCUCUUUGGAACAAUGUUGUGGGAUAUAUUUCUCAAACUUUUCUGUAAUCUUCCGAGAGAUAUUGAAAUAUAGUUGAAAUCUGCUGUCAAUUUAAUUGGCUAAAAUUGUAGGCAUAUAGGUCUCUUCUUCACAUACGAAGACAGUUUUGUAGUCCUGAUAGCCCUUAAUUUAUGCCUGCAAUUUAACUCAUCUCAACCAGCAGAUGUGUCACUUAGAGUGUGCUCCAGUUUUCAAACUAUUUAAUCAAUGACUAGUAUGAUAUGAAGCCUUUAUUUAACUGCAAGAGUUCUAUGUGUUGCCCAAUCAACUAUAUUUUAUUAGCAUGAAGCAGUUUUAUAUAUACAGUAGUUUAUAUGUAAACACUUUUGUGUCUUGUUUUCCCCAUCUUUGUUUUGUACUGAAAAGAAUAAAGAUUUCUACUUUAAAUUUAAA